GAAAUUUUUGGCGGUCUUUCUGCUCUCUGUUGACAUUUUUCAACAAACAACAUGCUCAGAGGCAGGUAUGUUAUUUGAAGCAGCAGAGUUUAGCGAGCAAUGACGAGCAACGAAGCACUACGAAAGCAACAUAGCACUCGUCCUUAUUAGGCUGUACGAGGACAUAAAUUCAGUCAGUUAUUUUCCAAACGUGCCGGCGUGCAGUUCAUAAAUAUUCCGAAAAAGUCGCUUAGCCAUGCUUUGAAUGGUCAAUUUAUAAAUUGUAUUUAUGAAUUUAUACGUGACAAUACACAUAUCUACGGCGGUGUCUGGGUACAUACAUCACGUUUUGGGUGGCGCGUACCGUGUUCGAAGAAGCUUGUGUUUAAGUGUGUGUGUUGAACACAAAAUAAAUUAAGCUAUAAAACGAAGUUGGCGCCUACACCGACACAAACCACAAAAUUCGAACAGGAAAAAAAACACUUGUGCUUUUGCUAUUGUUUGAAACGUUUUACCGUUAUUUCGUUAAAUUCCCACCAACGCAUUUCGAAAGCGCUGCUAUAGCGCAGCAUUGAGAUGUACAAUGUGCGACAAAAACUGCAAAUACAACACAAACAAGACCAGACGGUUCAACAGCAACGCCAUCAACAGCUGCACAUGGAUGUUUAAUCUUGUGGCGGUUGCCUUAUUAAUCCAACAUGUCGCCUGUGCUGCAACAGCCAGCGUGUAUGUUACAGGCGAUGCAACAACAACAACAGCAGCAGUGGUGUCGUCAAAGGCGCACACCGAUUGCCUACCAGCCCAGGAUAACGGCAGCAGUAGUAACAACAAGUACAUAGCAACACGGGCUCAAUCCGGGAGCCGCGCUACGAGUCGUCACCUCAGCGCCAUUGAGCCCACCGUCGGCGGUGGCAGCAGUGUCGUUGCUGUAGACGAUGGUGUGGAUUUCGCCGCCUAUGCGAAUGAUUUCAAUAUGCAAGCUGAAGCUGCUAUACCCGAGGAUAUUUUGGACCAACAACACAUACAAGAUUCCGAUGCUAUUGAUGCGGACAGUAUGCAAUAUGUUGGAGACGGUGAUGGCGAUAGUGAUGAGGCUGUUGAACCCGAAGCUGAUAUUAUACUUGCAGCGCAGAGAUUCAGCACUUCAGAAAGCAGUCGUGAGAAAGAAGAAUAUUACGAGCAUGACAACAACAAUGGAGACAAUAAAAAUAAAGGCAGCAACAGCAAAAGCGCACAGUCAAGGAAAACUAUAAGAAAGCGAAACAACAAAUUGAAAAACAAUGCAGACAACAACAACAACGGUGACAACAACAGCAGCAAAAGUGGUGACAGAAAAUAUGACAGUGACAACACAGCUGUCUACAAUGAUGAUGAUGAUUCAAUGGCCCAAGCGGAUGUGCUGGACAUCACGGCUGAGGAACCAUUGGCGCUGCCCAGUGCGACCGAAGCCAGGCAAAGUUUCAUAUUGACGCGACAUUCAAGAGGACAACAAAAUCACAAAUUAAUAGCAGCAGAGGACGACGCACAAAGUUAUGAAGCGCAACGUCGAGACGUGACCGGGCGGCAACAGCAACAGCAAUUUAUUGAAAACUUAGUUGCAGAAAAAUUUAAUAAAGCAGCGGCACAAACAGUAAACAAUGAUGACAAAGCGAAAGACAACAUGCACAGCGACAGCAAUAACAACAACAAUGCAAACAAUGUUGGCAUCCAUGGUGCUGCUGUUGACGAGCAUCGUGAAAGCAUCAGCAGCACGGCUAUAAAUAAGAACAACAAUAUGAGUAAACAAGUAAACAAUAAAUCAGAAAUGGAAUACACGACGGAAGAUAAUCAACCCGAGGAAACGGCGAUCGGCGAUAUUGAGGACAAAUUUCGUAAUGAAGACGGUGUUGCAGGGCAGCAACAACAACAGGAGCGGCAGUUCCAAAAGGACCUGCACAGCCAACAAACUGCAACGAUUGCGCAGCAAAGGGGAGAGGCGCGGGCAGCACUGUUGCCAACGUCUAUGCGGGGCAAACACGUAGAAGAAGAUCAUCGAAAAAUUAAAAAAAUCAAACGAAAUGAAAGAGCCAGCAGCAGCAGCAACAACAAUGACAACGAACAUGCUAGCAAGUACAAUGAAAAUAGCAAGAACAACAGGCACGCGUAUAAACGCCAUCACCAUGGAGCGGCCCCGCACAUGGCAGGCGAAUAUACUCCAAAGACGUCCACGCAAAUGACAGACACAACGAUGAGACGAGAGAAAGUUGAAACGUCUGAAACCAACCAACCCAGGCAUGUGCAACAAAAGCUGCCGCAGCACGUUGAAGUUGCUGACAGCGUUGCUGGGGUGGCAGAGCCACAAGCCGAUUACUCCAUAACCUAUUUUGGCAUCUUAACAAACAGCUCGAAAAAGCGCGAAAAGACAUUCGCCGAGGAACAAGCAGCUGCGGAUGAGUUCGGCAAUACCGUUAGAAACUCGGCCAAAACAGCAGACAUUGUUGCCGAAAUUGCUGACGACGAUGAUGCGGCUAAACUUGAGGCUGACGCUGUGCGUGCAAGACGAAAUCAGUUGCAGCAACAACAACAUGCGCCAACUGCGUCCAACACCGGUGAGCCUCAUGCAACGCACUCACACUCCUCGGCCUUUGAGCGCUUCAAGGCGCAACGUCGCAACAGUCGACGUUACGGACAUAAAAUGCACAAGAAAAAAUAUAAGGAUUACCUGCGUCAUGCAACGAUAGCCUCGUUGACAGCUAAGGCGAUGACAACAGCAAUUGAGGCAGCAACAACAACAGCAACGCCGUACAUGUCGACAGGACUCCCGCCUAUGGGAAAUGCAUUUGAAAUGAGUGCUAAGCACACACUCAACUCGACACAGACACAAUUGAUAAAUGACAACUACACCGAUUACUAUCGGCAGCAACAACAAUGGGGGGAAAAUGUUGCCAACGGCAGAGAGCAAAAACAUGCAUACACGUUAAGAAAAUAUGUAAGGAAAAUUGAAGCGGAAAAAUCACGUGGAUUACCAGCAUCACCAAUAUUUGUUGUAGGCAAUCAGAGCGCCGGAGUGGUGGCUACAAGCGAGGCGCACAGUAGCAGGCGCACAGGUGGCGACUCAAAACCAUUCUACGAAGGGCAAGUAAACUAUUACUUGGAUACAGGAGACGAUGGGGAUACGACGACUAAAGCAGUGUUAAUGAAAAGCUACCAGCCAACCGACGGCGAAGGGCAGAGCACGAGUAUAACUGAUGCGGCGCUGUCUAGAGAGGAUGAGGAGCGUUUGCGUGCGCACGAACGUAGCAUGGAGCACAUGAUAGCAGCUGACAAUAAUAACUGGUACCGACGAGUAAGCCCAGUGUUGCGUAAUGGUAUUAAAGUCUACAGCAACGAAGAUAGAGUGCAACGUGAAAAAGCAGCCAGCCAGCUGCCGCAUGUGCAGGAGCAACAGUCUCAUCCGCACCUGCAGCGACAACAUGCCGCAAAACAACAUCAGAAUUAUCACACACACCACCACGAAAAACAACGGAAUCAACAUCAUCGCCAGCACACACAAACAUAUCAGCAACGACAACAACACCAUGACGCACAACAACAUCGACGUGGCAGCAGUAAUCAUCACAAGCAUCAUCAAAAUAGUAAACAUUAUCAAUCAAGCAACAGACAGCAGCAGCAGCAACAUCGAGCCGAUGCCAAUGAGCGAAAACUGCUUGCUCCUCCAUCGCCCCACGCCGCUGACACACAGGCCGCAGUGGAGUUGGGUAUGGUCCAGACACCGAUACCACCGCCUUCAUACACAAAACAACACCCGAAGCAAACUGAACACGAGAUGAUGGGCCACGGAGCGCGACAACUGGGCCAUCAAAUCACAGAAUUGGAGGAGUUGGAGCGAUACUAUGCCAAGUGGCCGCACUUGGCACGCGUACAGUUUCAGUUGUAUGAUGAACACUACCGCGAGGACCACCCUGAACUCUACCCUGAAAUAAAGGUCGGCGCUAACGAUUUGGCUGAUACCGUAGAAGACUACGACGAUGAUUAUGAGAGCGCUGCCGAGUUAGAAGAAGCGCAAAAUAGUCAUGACGAAGACGCCAACUUGCCGCCCUACAUCAAGAAGUACAAUAGACGAAAUAAGCAAUUGUUGAAUUUGCUUGAGGGCACACUACCGCCACCGACACGUCUUCCACCCACUUUGGCACGCACUUGGUCGAGAUCGGUGCUGCAGCCGGGCCCUCAUGCCAGCAGUCGGAGCGCCGGUGGUGGUAGAAUACGUAUCGAUGACGACUACCUUAAGGAGAAACGCAAGCGCUAUCAUAAUCGUGAUAUCGGUAGCGUUGACACUGGCGGCAUUAGUGCGAGUAACAACAAUAACCGCAAGGAAGACCGACAUCACUAUCAAGAUUUAUUUGCACAGCAACGACUGGCGCAAAUUGCCACUAUACAGGCGACAGGGGAGCCAACAGGUGUGCUGGCAAAAGCUGAAGCAAUCUCCGCCAACCCAAAUGUGAGCAGCAGCAAGUCAGAUGUAAUCAGCAGCUAUAAAACGACGCCACAAUCAAACAACCAACUACCCGACGAGGAUGUUAGCAUUUCAGCCGACACAGAUAUCGAGACUUAUGCUGGCGAUGAGGGCGACAUUGACUUUUGGCAAAAGGAAAUCGAAAAUAAAUUGAAUGCAAACGAAUUGGCAGGAAGCGCACAAAUGAGUUGGCAAAUCGAAAAAUUAACAACACCCAACCCCGCGCCGAACGCACCGAAAGCAGCAAUUUUUCGCUUGCCCUCAUAUCCGGCAAACGCUGGCAGUUUCGUCGGCAAGCCGCGCAGUCGUAGCGCGCAAUUUGCACCGAGCGGCGGCAGUCGUGGCAAACUAGCUUUUUUAGCACCAGCAAGUAGCGAGCUUAACAAUAACAGAUGGGGCAAUAUAUAUGGCCUAGGCGGUGUCAAUGUGGCAAGUGCUGCUGGCGGCGUUGUAGUCAAUGGUCUUGGAGGCACACGCGGCAGUUACCACAAAUCGUUGUCACGUUUCAGCGCUUACAAGCCGAGUGUUUAUAAAACGAUAACCGCUGCAGCGACAACCGCUUCAACCACGACGACAACUCCCGUAGCCAAUGGUGAUGAUGGUAUGAGUGGUGACGACGCGGUAGCCAUUACAACUACUGCGGUUGCGGUGACGCCGAGUGGCGUUGGUAGUGAUGACGCAGAAGGCGCAGAUGCCGCCAAUGGUGGUGUGGCUAAUGCUGUUAUGGGACGUACCAUUAGCUCGUUCGUCUAUCACCGUGUGAUUGAUGCGUCACCUCGACUUGUGGGCACCGGCAAUACCGGGCGCAAGCAACGAUUGCCAUUUGUGGCCAUCACUGAUCGUCGGCUGGAGACCACAAAGAAGGCGCAGCUUGAACGACAGAAAGAUUUCGAACAAAAUCACUACCCAAUGCCUUAAAUUCACUGCACUUCAAUGACGGCGGCAGCGAAAGACACGUGGACGGAGAUGACGGAGACAUAGACUAGCAGCACAAACAUUCGCACAAGGACCGAAACGAAAACGAUAAUAAAAAUGUUGACCUAGACGACAGUGUAGAUGGAGUUGUAGAAAGUAAAAACCAAAAACAAAAACAAAAGCAGUAAAUGAAAAUAGUAUUAAAGGAAGUUGAAGCCACGUGAGCAGUAAAAAAACGUAAAAUGUUAAGCUAUAUCAGAACGAAAUGAGCGCAGCACCAUUGCACCACCGCAGCGCUACAAUGGCAAACAGCUUGUGCAACUCAACACACACGCACCGGUGCCACAAAACAUCUAAACAAUGUUUAUGUUUUUACGCAAUCGAUUUCCGUUACCGUUCUGUCCUUACUAUACAAAAGGACACGAAGGCUCUGUAGUAAGUUUUUACUAACGACACGUUCUUCUAAUAUACUCUUUUUUUGAUGACGAUUGAUACGUGUUCCAUUUGUUUCAAGUCUUGAUUUCCAACAUUCAACUUGAGUUCACAAAUACAAAAAUAUACUUAAGUCAGCAAUUUGAUUUGAAUUAUUUGCUCACAACAAAUAUAGAAAUACAUAUUUUACUACAUAUCAAUACUCGUACAUUCUGUAUAUUUAUAUUUCUGAACAAUAAAGAGUAGAACAGCAACAAUGUUACAUUAAUAAAGGCGAAAUAUGUGUUAAAGUGAAAAUUAAGAUGUUAUUUGAUCAAAAUUAAAAGUAAAUAAACGCCGUUGUAUCGCAACCCUCCACUGAAACGUAAUAUCUCGGAAUCACCACUUGAAAUGGUAGUAGACAGAGAAUAAUCAGAUUUUCGCAAAUUCUUUUAAUUUUUUUUGCGCAAGAGAAUAUAUCAUUUCCAAUAAAAACUUGAAUCGGUUAAAAGCUGUUCCGGUAACAUCUAUAUAUUUACUAUUCACCGACAAGUCGUACCACAAAACUGGUAUGAGAUAAUGUUGACAGUGGACUGACAAAAAAACUUCUUAUUACUACUACUGAGCAAAAGAGAACAAAGCAGUUUCACAGGGGUCAUCACUGGGCACCUAUCUCUAAGGGCCCACCUGCAGAGACUUGGUAUAGCUGGGUCGGACACGAAUUUCUAUGCGUUCAAAACUGUCGCCUCGGUAUACAGUUACAAAUAUACUAAUUUAUUGUAGUUAUCUCCUUCAUUGGACAAUAUAAAUUAUAGCUCCGUUUGUCAAAGGUCAUGGCGCUGUAACAGGAACUUUAAUAAGUUUCGCAAUUAUUUUAUAAUUCUGAAUGCAUACGCCACUGCACAUUUUCUAACUAUUUCAUAAUUGUUCUUAUAAAAUCACAUAAAGUAACAGUUUGAAGAUACCACUAUACAGUUUCAAGUCGACUGUUUUUGCAUCAUACAUACAUAUAAGUCUCUUGAAGCGAUUUCACUUGAAUGCGCAUUUGUAUGUUCCAGCUGUCUUGUGUUUGUAAAUAUUUGUUGCAUCCUAGAUAUAAGCCAGCAACACCGGCCACACAAAUGGGCUUAUAUUUGCAAUAUUUGUCAUAACAAACAACAUCAAUAGUUUAUGUAAGCGCAAAUAUGAUGUAUGCAAACGCAUUAGGGUUCAUAUGAAUUAUUAACUUUGAAAAUUGACAACUAACUGCAACAUAACACAUUCAAAAGUGGCUCUUGACAUGUUACAUCUUGCAGAUAAUCACAAUUGAGUACAUUAUUUAUAUGGCACUUAUGCAUGCGUUUACGUAUACAUACUAUAUGUGUACAGUUAGAAAUAUGUCUGGCUUUUCAAGUGGCUGAUACAUUUCACACUUCAUACAUACUCCAGUUGGAAUUUAAGAAAUGCCUGCUUCUGCAACAUAAGUAAUCAAAAUCUUUCUUAAAUCACACUAAAGAAGUUUUAAUGAUUUGUUGUAUAGUUUGAAUUUUAUGCUUAAAUGGAUAUUAAUUUCAAAGGACUUAGAGGUAUCCAGGAACGCACUGGCUAUUUAGUACAUAAAGCAAGUUUUCCAUUUCAUGACCAACAGUUAUAGGGUCGGCAGACAGAGCAAUAUCUACCUUAAAACAAUGGUUUUAAAGAGUUGCGUUUAAGUCCUUAUAAGCUAUAGAUUAGAGAUUAGAUUAAAUUGUAGUUUUGUAGCUUAAUUUGUUACUUCGUUAAAGCAUUAGGCAUUUUUGCCGACGACUCUAAGUCCUCCUCAGAGACUAAAAGAGUGUGUAUUAAAUUUGAUAAUAGAAAGCGGCCACCGAUUCUUCGAGCGUUAGAGAGUAGUAAAUCGUUCAUUUUAUAUUAAAAUUUCAAACAUAUUGGCAACACUGAAAAUUAACUGUUAAAAAACAUACAUGCAAAUGUUUGGUCGCAUGAAUUACUUGAAGCAUAGUAAUGUUUGAUAGUUCUCUUUGAAAAAGUCAAUUUUAACUCGAGUCUCUAAUUACUAAAAUAUAAAUAAAAUAUUUAGGGCAUGUCUUCGCUUUCCAUUUAAAGAUUUAAAUUUUUGUAUAAUGACACAUUUGAUGCAAUUUUGAAAGUAAUUUGUUAUUUGCGACAUUCGCAUUAGAAAAACUUGUCAAAAGUCACAAGUUGGUAGCAUUGAAGAAUAUAGCUAUUCAUUUUAAUAAUAUCCACUUAAUCCCUUGUAUCGAAUCCAACUCGUUUACUUUGUUGUUGCUUUUGCAUUUAAAUAUUUGGGAAAGAAAGCAACGCGCCAAUAUAGCGAAUCGAAGACGACUAAUAAAAAAAUUCUUGAAAAGUAACUUUCAAAUGGGAAAUCGUUUGGACAUUUCGUCCUGAAACCGACCGUAGAAAGGCCAGAACUAUGCUAUUGAUUUUGUCAAAAAACAAUAAUUUACAAGCAUAAAUGAUCCGAUCCGACCAUAUUAAUGCAAUUCUAACUUUUUAGAGAAAAUCACAAUCCAAAUGAAAAGGAAUGAAUCUCACAACUUUCGACAGUCGUUUGAAACGUACUUAACUUCUAAAUACCGGUUUUCAGAAAGAGGUAGAAUUGAUGGUUCAAUUUGACAAAAAUGUCAAAUCCGAUAUACAGCUGACAGACAGAAUAUGUGCUACCAUUUGCAUUAAUUGCCAUUAAUUUCAAAUUGAAAUUGGGUAUAUGCGUGUUUAAGUUAAAUAUAGGAAUUAUGAAUUAAUAUUAAAUAUCAUUUUAACAAAUAUGUUUUAAGGAAGAAGUAGCUGACAGGAAACGGAAGUAAAGCCCAGAAAAAAUUUUAAAUGCAAAUUUGAUCAUUCCAUUCACACUUUUUUGACACUUUCGUAUCAUAUUCUCCACAAGAACUUGAAACCGAUUGAGCCUAAAAUGUGAACAAAAUUAAAAAAGUAAAUAAUUUUCUUAAGUGGAAAAGCUUACAAAAAAGUCAUAAAUAAGUCUUACCCUCCACCUCGAUUAAUGAGCAUAUCAUAAAGUAUGAGUUAAUUUGACAGCUUAUCUACAUAGACAAGUUGUUACCAGGCUUUCGUAUUUGUAAUGCACUUUGACAUUGUUAGUGUAACGUUAUCCGUUAGGUCAUCGUAAGAGCAAGCAUUACCAAAACAGUUCAAAAGAUACACUACAGCGGUUUUAUAUUAGAUGUUGAACUGAACUGAAAUGGAUUAAAUAUCAAUGUCAAUAAACUUCAUAAACAGUAAAUUAAUUGCAUUAACAUAUAUUCAUACAAAUGUAUAUGCAUUUAAUUACACACACACACACACACACAACUGCAUUUGAUUUCGUGUGAAAUAUUAUCUUGGAAUCAACAGCAGCAAAAGCAAUAAACCACACCGUUACACACACAUAUAUUAAUUGCAUAUUAAAUAUCAAUUAAAGAUUAAAAAUAUUCAUUGCGCACAAAAUAAAAACAUAAAUAAUAGUUUAACAAUGGCAGCGCAUUUCAAACGCAUACCGCAGAACGUAUGAUUUUAUGGGAAAAAAUUUCAUUUUUUUCAAACGCAAACCUCACGUUGACAGCUUAGCGUAAGCGUAAAGUGCAGCGUAAGCGCAAAAUAAAAUAUUUUAAAGCGUCAAACAUUUAUUGUGAAAAUUUUAAAAUAAUAGCAGGUUUUAAAGUAAAACAGUUUGCAAAUGAAAUAUAAAUAUAAGCGACAAAAAACGAAGACACACAUACACCCAUACACCCAUACACACAUACAUAAAUAAACGUAUAUAUAAUAUAUAUAAAGAUAGAGUUUGUUUUCUGCUCAUUACAGUACACAUAAGUGUAGAUAUGCAAAUAGUAAUCUAUAUAACAUAUCAUGAAUACUUUUAAUUUUU